CUAUAAGAUUAUUUUAUGUACAGUUAACCUGCACUUGGCUCUGAGUAAUGCGUCACGUGAGGGCGCCAUCUUGUGGACGGUUUUUGGUCGUUACAGCAUCACUCGGGACAGACACGAAUCUGCUGAUAUCAACCCGCGACUGAGCCAGAGAAUCAUUCGAAUCGGCUGAAGUGAACUCAGUUUGAGGUAAAAGCUCAUGUGCUUCACAACCGGCUCACCUUGACUCCGUUAGCUCCAUGUUCAACCAGGGAAGCUGAAUGUUUGGAGAGCAAAGGUACGUAAAGGAAGACGUUCGGAGUGAAAGAUGCUGUGGUUCCGGUGCAUUGUGGGUGAUCUGCGUGAAGGAGGAAGACUUCUGAGAGGCCUUCCUCGGGUCCAGAAGACGUUUGUCUCCUCACCAGUGACCUGCGGGCGUCAGCAAGUCGGACUUGUUUGUCCUCGCCGGCUCCCUCAGCUGACCCAGAGGUGUUUUCUGUCUCAGGGUCAGAACUCGUCUGUUAGCUCUGCUAAACUGAAGCUGACCACUCGCCUGGCGGUGACUCUGCUGUUCGGCGGUGGCUUGCUGGCUGCCUGGUGGUUUGUGGACUUGGAGAAGCAGCAGAAGCUGCAGCAGCAGCGCAUGAAGCAGCUGCAACAGGUGGCUGUGGGUCAGGGAAACUUCAGCCUCCUGGACCACAGGGGGCAGCGCAGGACCAAGAAGGACUUCCUAGGCAGCUGGGUGCUGCUGUACUUUGGUUUCACGCACUGCCCUGACAUCUGUCCUGACGAGCUGGACAAGCUGAGCUCCGUGGUGUCCGCUCUGGACCGGGACGCCUCGCUGCCGCCCGUCCAGCCCCUCUUCAUCACUGUGGACCCAGAGAGGGACGACGUGCCAGCGCUGGCCCGUUACGUCAAAGACUUCCACCCGCGCCUGGUCGGACUGACAGGAACUCCAGAGGAGGUGACAGAGGCGGGACGGGACUACAGAGUUUACGCCAGUCCCGGACCCAAAGAUGAGGAUGGAGACUAUAUUGUGGACCACACCAUCCUGAUCUAUCUGAUCAGUCCUGACGGGCUGUUUGUGGACUAUUACAACAGGAUGAAGAACGAGGAACAGAUCGCUCAGAGCGUCAGGAACCACAUCAUCAACUACGUCAAACUCUGAAGAACCCGAAUGUGACGAGAAAACGACAAAAACACCAUUCACCACCAGGACCAUCGACACCGAAUCUCGUGCUGAAAGCUUUAGUUCUCUUGUGUUCAGUCGUUCUCUGAAAUUACAGAAAAUUAAACGUUUUGUCUGCAGUCUCACGUUUGAGGCCAAAGAUCGAACAGAGUUAAUCGUUUCCAGUUUGACCAGUGAGCUCAGUAAACCGGACUGUCGGUCGGACGAAAACAAGGCGUUAUCAUGAAAACAACUUCAUUAAAAUUGUGUGCAUUUGGA